GCCGGCGGCGGCGCAGGCUUCGCUCCUCGCCGGCGUCCGGUCUAUGGAGUCCGCUGGUGCCGGCGGCGGCGCGGAGGCGGGAGGCGGCGUUCGAGGGGGGCCCCUGCCCCGCCAGGAUGUUGCCGGGCUUGGCCGCCGCCGCCGCGACCCACAGGUGCAGCUGGGCCUCGCUGUGCCGGCUCCGGCUGCGCUGCCGGGCGGCGGCCCACGGCGCCGGGGACCGCCGGGAAUGGCAGAAUUUAGUGACAUUUGGAAGCUUUUCAAACAUGGUUUCAUAUAGUCCUCCAUACGUUUGUAUCCUGAGUCAAGUAAAGUUGUAUUCCACAAAUGUUCAGGAAGGACAAGGAUCACAAUCUCUCAGAGUAGAAAAAGUACCAUCAUUUGAUGAAACAGCAGAAAAUAUAGGCGCAGAACUCAAAGCUCCACUUAAGCAAGAACCUCUCCAAGUAAGAGUUAAAGCAGUCCUUAAGAAAAGGGAGUAUGGAUCAAAGUACACUCAGAAUAAUUUCAUCACUGGAGUCAGAGCAAUAAAUGAGUUCUGCCUUAAAUCCAGUGAUCUAGAACAACUUCGAAAAAUUAGACGACGAAGUCCCCAUGAAGAUACGGAGUCCUUUACUGUGUACUUGAGAUCAGAUGUGGAAGCAAAGUCUUUGGAAGUUUGGGGAAGCCCUGAAGCUCUUGCCAGAGAGAAGAAACUGCGCAAGGAAGCAGAAAUAGAAUAUAGAGAACGGCUGUUUAGAAACCAGAAAAUAUUAAGAGAAUACAGAGAUUUCUUGGGAAACACCAAGCCACGCUCUAGAACGGCAUCAGUGUUCUUUAAGGGACCAGGAAAAGUGGUGAUGGUUGCCAUUUGCAUCAAUGGGUUAAACUGCUUCUUUAAAUUUCUUGCCUGGAUUUAUACGGGUUCAGCAAGUAUGUUCUCAGAAGCUGUUCACUCAUUAUCUGAUACUUGUAAUCAGGGGUUACUAGCAUUGGGCAUCAGUAAGUCUGUUCAAACACCAGAUCCUUCUCAUCCGUAUGGGUUUUCAAAUAUGCGCUAUAUUUCUUCGCUCAUUAGUGGUGUUGGUAUUUUCAUGAUGGGUGCAGGACUGUCAUGGUACCAUGGCGUCAUGGGACUGCUUCACCCUCAGCCGAUGGAAUCCCUUCUAUGGGCAUAUUGUAUUUUAGCAGGAUCAUUGGUAUCUGAAGGAGCAACACUUCUUGUUGCCGUAAAUGAACUUCGUAGGAGUGCUCAGGCCAAAGGAAUGACAUUUUACAAGUAUGUAAUGGAAAGCCGUGAUCCUAGUACCAAUGUUGUAUUAUUGGAAGAUACUGCAGCAGUUUUGGGAGUACUAAUAGCAGCCACUUGCAUGGGUCUUACUUCUAUAACAGGCAAUCCACUGUACGACAGCCUGGGUUCUCUGGGGGUGGGCACCCUGCUGGGCGUGGUCUCAGCCUUCCUCAUCUACACGAACACGGAGGCGCUGCUGGGGCGGUCCAUCCAGCCCGAGCAGGUGCAGCGGCUGACCGAGCUCCUGGAGAACGACCCGUCUGUCAGGGCAAUUCAUGAUGUCAAAGCCACAGAUCUGGGAUUGGGUAAAGUAAGAUUUAAGGCAGAAGUAGAUUUCGAUGGACGAGUUGUUACAAGAUCAUAUUUGGAAAAACAAGAUUUUGAUCAAAUGCUACAAGAAAUUCAAGAAGUGAAAACUCCUGAAGAGCUAGAGACUUUUAUGCUUAAACAUGGAGAAAAUAUUAUUGAUACUUUAGGAGCUGAAGUAGAUAGACUUGAGAAGGAACUGAAAAAACGAAAUCCUGAAAUCCGACAUGUAGAUUUGGAGAUACUCUAGAUUCGAUGGGAUGAGUCACGUGGUGGAGGCCUUGGAAACAAGUGGAGGAAAUACUUUAUGUAAAGAGCAGUUCAACAGGCCACAGAAUGAAAUCUGCUUCUUACAUCUGAGAGACACAUUACAGGUUGAAUCAAUUAGAAAAUCAUGUUUUUAUGCUUCCAUAGGGAAGAGUUUGGUUACUAAAAUUGUUCAUAAUUUCUCAUUUUAGCCUGUCCAUGUGCGUUGUACUUUGCAAUCAUGUUUCCUUUCUUCACGUUGGUAAAAAUAAGUGGCGUCCACACAGGAUUGUGAUUUUUAAUUCUGAUGCCACUGAAGAUUUCACUCCAUCAAAAUGCCAAUUGUGAAUAUUCUGGAUAAAUCUUGGUAUGUGGUUUUUAAACAGCCCAUCCGUUUCAGAGUCUGUCUUUCCUUAUGAAAUGUGGAAAUUAUUUCUGUAUCCCCUGUGAUUCUGACCUGAGUGCUGAGAACACUCUCCUAACCUGGUUAUCCACAAACAUUCAUUCCAGAAAUGGCUUAGUUUACUGAGUUGAAUGUAGGCAUUAUUGUACACUCUUUUAGGUCAUAGGAGUUGCCAUUUUGUAAAAUUUCUUUUUCUUCUUGGCUUUUUUCCCUUAUUUGGUUUACUUUUUCUAAUGUUAGGAGAUAAAAAACAAUCCUAGAUAUUUCCAUGGGCCAGUGUGAUGACUUUUUUUUUUAAACUGGCUUCAGUGCCAUAAUGUUUAUUUACUGGGAGAUAAUACAUUUAUGACCAUGUUAACAUUCUGUAAAAUGGACUAGAAAUAUUUAUAAUUUUUACAGACAGGAUAGCAUUUUAUUUUUAAUUUAUUUAAAAAGAGGCACUACUUAUGUAAAUCUGAACUGUGGGAUAUUUCUUGCUUUAAGAUAGAGACAAGUAAAUCUCUUACACUGAAACUUAUGGUCAUGAUUUUGUAUAACAUAGUCAAUAGUGUGUCUAUGAGUUUGUUGCAGUUACAAGUGGGCAUUUAGCAUGAUAUAUUGGCUGUAACAUAGUAUGUAAGUAAAUAGCUUCCUAAUGACCAUAAGUUACCAAGGUGGAAAAACAUGCAAGUCUCAUAAUUGAAAAUGUAGUGAAAAACUAUACCUGUCUCCAUCAAAACAGCUCAUCUGCACUUUAAAACGUUCAGGUAGCGGUAAACAUUGGCCACGUGAGAAUGACGGCCGGGUGGUCUCUUUGCUGGAGUAAGUGAGUACUUAACAUGUGGACCUAACUACCUGUGUGAGGUAUCGUAAAACUUACUGAGAUGGAAGUUUAUGAAUUAUAGCAAAUUGUAAUGCUGGAAACAAAAAAUAAAUCUUUGAUUAAAGGG